AUAUAAUUUGAUCUAGGUAUGAAUGCGCGGUGUUAUUAUUACCAAUUAGAUUUAUCACACUGAAAGAAAGUCUUUCAUCCCGUCUGCCAGGCUGCUAAGGUUACCAGCUUUUCAGCUGAACUGAACCCAUUAUCAGAUGAAGCAAAGACCGGGGGACAAUAAAAACAUGUGCUGUUUGCUGUUGCCUAUGGUUACAACAACUUAGAGCAAUCUUGUACCUCCGCCUAAGAGAAAACGGAACAAACACUCUCUUAUCAAUAGAUGUCCUCACUCACUGUUUCCUGAGGAAACUCUGAACACUGAGUGAGACGUGUUACAACAACGUUUCGGGCGGCUUUUCACGGGGUUUAUUGGGUGACUAUGGCAGCCCGUUCCAACUGUUUUUACUGUCGCGAGGAUCUCAGUGGAAAGAAGUUUGUGAGAAAAGACGAGAAACAAGUCUGCGUGCGAUGCUUUGACAAGUUCUGCGCCAACACCUGCGUGGAGUGUCGACGGCCAAUCAGCACCGACUCCAAGGAGCUUCACCAUAAGGGUCAGUACUGGCACUCGGAUUGUUUCCGAUGUGCCAAGUGCUAUAAGAAUCUGGCCAAGGAGUCUUUCACCUCCAAGGAUGAGAGGAUCCUGUGUGGGACGUGUGGCUCGCGUGAGGAUGCCCCUCGCUGCCAUGGCUGCUACAAACCCAUACUGGCAGGCACUGAGAAUGUGGAAUACAAAGGCAACUCAUGGCAUGAUGAGUGUUUCAUCUGUUAUCAGUGUCAAAAGCCAAUCGGCUCCAAAAGUUUCAUAGCAAAGAACAACAACAUCUACUGCAGCCUUUGCCAUGAGAAGAAAUUUGCCAAACAAUGCGCUUGCUGUCAGAAGCCCAUUACCACAGGAGGUGUGAAUUACCAGGACCAGCCGUGGCAUUCUGAGUGCUUUGUGUGCUCCUCCUGCCGAAAGCCCCUGGCUGGCACCAGCUUCACCUCUCACGAGGAAAAGGUCUACUGUGUGGAUUGCUACAAAAGCACUGUGGCCAAAAAAUGCAGCGGCUGCCAGAAUCCCAUUACAGGAUUUGGCAAAGCUGCGAACAUAGUGAACUAUGAGAGUGGCUCUUGGCAUGAUUACUGCUUUAACUGCAAGAAGUGCUCCCUUAACCUGGCAGAAAAGAGAUUCGUUGCUCAAAAUGGAGACAUAUACUGCUCUGACUGCUCCAAGAAACUCUAAAUGCCUGAUGACCGUGGAGACACAGAAGAGUGAGAUUACACACAAAAAUAUCAGCAUUCAUUUGAAUCUAUACAAAAAUCCUAGAUAAAUAUGUUGCGGUAUUGACAAAGGCUUCUGUUAUGUUGGUUCUGGCUUCUUCAUGAAGGGAGUUUGAUAUGUCCUGUGAGGAACGUUAGGUUUACCUAGAGAGUCUUUUGUGGGAAAAUGUAUCCUCUCUCUUUCCAAAGCCUAUUUGUCUCAGGAAAGUAUUAAGACAGGAUGAAAGAUGGAGGUGUGUAUUAAGAAGGUGAAGUCAUUUGAGAUGUAUUACUGGUAAAUUUUUGUUUAAUAUAAUGUUUCAAAAUGAAGCUUUGGGUUGAUCAUUUUUAAAACAUUAACAGCUUAUAAUCAUGGACUCUGACAUUUUAAAUGCAGUGUUUCUGUAUCUUUUAGAUUGCUUCCUUGGAAUUUGAAAUUACUAACUGUACAAUUUAUAAUUUUCAUAUAAAAGAUUUCAAUGUGUAUGUUUUUCUCCUUUACUAUAACAUAUUCUUCUUAACAUGACAAUUAUGUUAUUUUAGUUGCCUUUGUAUGAUCUGAAAAAAAUAAAUAAAAUAAAGGUGGGAGGCUUUCUUUUGCAUUCU